GGGAGGGUGGGGGUGAGGGGGGGCCUCUCUAGCUCGCGGCCCGUGUCUAUGGUCUGGCCCGUAGCGUCCUGCUGCCCGGGACCGAUCCCCGGUGUAUGGCGCCGCAGGAACCGGCUCCCGGGCCCAGAUAAGGGGCCACCUCCGCAGCUCUUGGCCGGGCGAGAGAUCUCCCUGCUCCGAGAAUGGCUACCUCCCGCUAUGAACCGGUGGCUGAAAUCGGUGUCGGUGCCUAUGGGACGGUGUACAAGGCCCGAGAUCCCCACAGUGGCCACUUUGUGGCCCUCAAGAGUGUGCGAGUUCCCAACGGAGGGGGAGCUGGAGGGGGCCUUCCCAUCAGCACAGUCCGCGAGGUGGCCUUACUGAGGAGGUUGGAGGCCUUCGAGCACCCCAAUGUUGUACGGCUGAUGGAUGUCUGUGCUACCUCCCGAACUGAUCGAGACAUCAAGGUCACCCUCGUGUUUGAGCAUAUAGACCAGGACCUGAGGACGUACCUGGACAAGGCACCCCCACCAGGCUUGCCAGUCGAGACCAUUAAGGACCUGAUGCGACAGUUCCUAAGUGGCCUGGAUUUUCUUCAUGCAAAUUGCAUUGUCCACCGAGACCUGAAACCAGAAAACAUUCUGGUGACAAGUAAUGGGACAGUCAAGCUGGCUGACUUUGGCCUGGCCAGAAUCUACAGCUACCAGAUGGCCCUGACACCUGUGGUUGUUACUCUCUGGUACCGUGCCCCUGAAGUUCUUCUGCAGUCAACAUACGCAACACCCGUGGACAUGUGGAGUGUUGGCUGCAUCUUUGCAGAGAUGUUUCGUCGAAAGCCUCUCUUCUGUGGAAACUCUGAAGCUGACCAGUUGGGCAAAAUCUUUGAUCUCAUUGGAUUACCCCCAGAAGAUGACUGGCCCAGAGAGGUAUCCCUGCCCCGAGGGGCCUUUUCCCCCAGAGAGCCGCGGCCGGUGCAGUCGGUGGUGCCAGAGAUGGAGGAAUCUGGAGCUCAGCUGCUGCUGGAGAUGCUGACUUUUAACCCACAUAAGCGGAUCUCUGCCUUCCGAGCCCUGCAGCACUCUUACCUACACAAGGAAGAGAGUGACCUAGAGUGAGAAGAGUAGCCACCUCUCCUCUCCUUGGAAGCGGCUUCGAAAACCUCAACCUGUGCCUUCCUCUGGGGCUGUGGAGACACCUCCAGUUUUUUACAGAGAAUAUUUUAACCCUUAAAUGGCAUUCCCCCUC